AUGCACUUGGUAUCCCUGAAGCUGGGUUUCUGCGUUGCGACCGGUGCCUCGGCCGCUGCAAUCCUCGUCAUCUACCACGUGAACAAGGGCACUGUCGUUCUACCCAAGUCCGUGACCAAGAGGCGUAUCUCGUCUAACAAGGAGUUUAUCUCGCUGUCCUCAAAGUACUUGUCAGUACUUGAAAGCUUGACCGCCAAUAGCAAGGCGAAGCGUAUCAACACAUCCCUUUCGGGCUUUGCCUUGGAGGUUAGGUGCACUAGCUUUGAAGAAAGCUUCGCAAUAGCGGAACAUGAGCGCAAAAUGCGGAACAAAUUCCCUCGUCUUGGGGUUGAAACAGAUGACAGACAUGUUUGA